AUGUCCCCAACAACCACGGGCUCUCCUUCCACUGCCACUAGCACAGAUCAUAAUGGAAGUGACAGCAACUCCAGUCCUACUAGCUCGCCACUCCUUUUCUUCGUCGCCCUUGGAUUUGGUGUUGUCUUCACCAAUCUAUGGAUCAUUGUGGGGGUAAAAUAUUGUUUUCGGUAUAAUCAACGAAAUCGCCAAUUACGCGGUCAAGAAACAGGCGAACCCAUAGAUCUUGUGGCCAUGCCUAGGACACACCGAAGACGCAGGGAAAAGAAGCUGAUGAGCAUGGAUGACGUUAACGAGAGAUUUCCACUCAUCAAGUAUAAAGCAUGGAGGUCCUCGCGUGAAAACGAAGGCCUCUCCACCGCAGGCGGGAUCUCGGCGCUGAAUAGCAGGCCACAAAGUAUGAAAGAUGACUACGCGCUGUCUGCCUCUCUUGGUGCACCUUCAUCAAUGACAGCGUUGCCACUCAAAGGCCAUCGGCGGGUUGACUCCACCACGUCGCAGGUUUCUGCACCGCUUGAACACCUGGAGACAACACUUCCGCAAUCAGAAGAGAAGAGCCUGGGUCACUCCGAACCCGAUCCCGGAGUCUCUGGAGUGGCCGACGACAUGAAUCAGGCAGCCACGGACCAGCCCCGUAAUCACGUGCUGAAUCAUUCUAUCGUAGAGGAAAAUGGUGACCAUGAACACCAUAUACGCACUGCAGUCCCCGCAGAUCUUCUCACAAACCCUGGCGAUACUUGCGCUAUUUGCCUCGACACAAUUGAGGACGAAGAUGAUAUACGAGGACUUACUUGUGGGCACGCUUUUCAUGCCUCCUGUGUUGAUCCAUGGUUGACAAGCCGGCGAGCUUGUUGUCCUCUAUGCAAGGCAGACUACUACGUCCCGAAACCUCGUGUGGAAACUUCUGAGAUGGUUCCUAGCUCAGAAAGUCCUGGUCGACGUGGCAUCGCACGGGUGACAGCUCCAAGCCCACCACAAGCUGUCUUCAUAGGCGGGAGAGUGAAUCUUUUACGGUCUGAAUCGGUCUUUUCGGAGCGGCGUGUGCAGCGAUGGCCUCUAACCAACAGAGUAUGGUUCUCUCGGUUGCGCCUUUGGAGGGCAUCUAACUCCAACCACCAGCCCACCUCUACCGUGGCUGAUACGUCGUCUGCACAGACUGAUGGAAGGGCUCGGAGACUAGGGCUGUUCUCCGUCGGCCACUUCAAUCUGAACCUGGGAUUUCGUGAAAACCGUGCCCCAAGAAGAAAUGGGAAUAGCUCACUUGCGAACGAUAACCGAACGCUGGGACAGCUUGAAGCCGGCCCCCCUACGUGA